AUCAAUCAAUCAGUUCAAUCCUCUUGUGUCUACAAAUAUCUUCUGCAGAAACCGAAAAUUGUGUGUGUUUCAUUGACAUUAGAAAGAAUGGCAAAGAAAGAGAUGGAAGUGGUAAAAGGGUUGGAUCUUGAGAAGUACAUGGGAAGAUGGUAUGAAAUAGCUUCAAUUCCCUCAAGAAAUCAACCCAAGAAUGGUGUCAACACAAGGGCUACUUAUACACUCAAGGAAGACGGAACUGUGAAUGUGGUGAAUGAAACUUGGAGUGAUGGCAAGAAAAGUUCUAUACAAGGUGUGGCUUAUAAGGCUGACCCUUCAAGCCAGGAGGCCAAGUUUAAGGUCAAAUUUUAUUUGCCUCCUUUUCUUCCAAUCAUUCCAGUGGUGGGCAAUUAUUGGGUUUUGUAUAUUGAUGGUGAUUACAGUUAUGUCUUGGUUGGGGAGCCUACAAGGAAGAAUCUUUGGAUAUUGUGCAGAGCUACUCAUCUUGAUGAGGAGAUAUACAAUCAGCUGCUUGAAAAAGCCAAGGAGGAGGGCUAUGAUGUAAGCAAACUACACAAGACACCACAGAGCGAGCAUCCACCAGAAAGCGAAGGCCCCAAAGAUGCAAAAGGCAUAUGGUGGAUUAAAUCCAUUCUGGGAAAAUAAACUCAUAUAACAGAAGCUUCUGUUUGUAUCAUCAAAAUCCUAUCUUGCUACCUUUCUCACCAGUUGUAUGUAAAAUGUUGGUUUGUGAGUACAUAUUCUCUAUAUGGACAUGGCUUUAAAUUUAUACUCA